AUGUCGGAAACUGUGAUAGCAUUCCUUGAUCCUGAAGCAACCAGAGUUCUCAAAUCAAGCGAUCACGGGAGUGCCUUCUUACCUAUCCCAGUCUAUGCAGCUGAAAAAAAAGACAAUGCGGAAGUUCCUGUCAACAAAGGGUUUGCAGCAUUCUUCGAAUUUCGAAAGAAGAACCAAGAAGUUGACCAGCCACCCGAAUCUGAGUCGUCAGAAGGAAGUGGUAUCCUGAAGUCUUUUUCGAAAUGGAGGGAAGGACGGAAGCUCAAAGACAAAGAAAAGUUGAACGAGAUAGGCGACACUCAAAAUACUGACAAGAAAAGCAUUGGGUGGAAAACUAUUGAAAGUCGAAAGGAGAAGGAUUCGAAAACCAAAGCAGUUUUUGAACGGGAGAGAAUACGAAAAUACCAAGCUGAAAUCAACGCCGAUGGAUCUGGCUCAGAUAGGAUCGCUUCUACCAACAACGUGAGUGAAUCGACUCUGACGAAAUUCAACCCAGUGAGUGCAGCCCAGAAACUUCUAUCAGUAGUUAGCAACAAGCAAAAGUCGUCAAAGGAAGAGUGGAUAAUAGUCGCAUCAAAGACAAGCAUUGCUCCUGGAGCGCUCGUUCCAAUAUCGGCUGCAGGGCUUGAUCUUCUUUUGGUAGCCUCAAAAGAUGGCUCAGCGCUACACUGUAUUGCAAACUCGUGUUCUCAUUUGGGCACGCCCUUGGAAAUCGGAACACUAGAACGUCGGCCAAUUGAGAAUACUAAUUUCGAACCGAGCAAUGACGCAGCGCCAUCUAGUUUGCAGGAAAAUUAUCUUGCAAAGCUUCUUGCUCAAGAUGGAUGCGAAGAUUGCAUCAUUUGCCCGCUGCAUAAGACUGCCUUCGCUUUAGAAAGCGGGGAAGUUAGAGGUGAAUGGUGUCCAUACCCCCCUGUGGUUGGUAAAGUGGUGGGUACAAUCAAGCCAAAAUCAGCUUUGCCAGUUUUUGAUGUAAGAACGAAGGGUAAGAACAUAGAAGUGCGAAUAAAUACACCCAUCCGUGUGGACGGUGAAUAG